AAAAGCACCGCUAGGCUCAAGUAAUACCCAUUAUCUAUACAAGCACGCACAUAUUAUAUAUAUAUAUAUACUUGCACCGAACUAGGGUUUCUCACUCUACUUGUGCGCUUCCUCUCUGUUCCUAAAGUCCUGCGCUGCUGCUACAACGAAGCGCCAUGGCUUCAGAGAAGAAAUUGAGCAAUCCAAUGAGGGACAUCAAAGUCCAGAAGCUAGUUCUCAACAUCUCCGUUGGUGAAAGUGGAGAUCGUCUCACCAGAGCCGCUAAGGUCUUGGAGCAACUCAGUGGCCAAAGCCCUGUUUUCUCCAAAGCAAGGUAUACUGUCCGGUCCUUUGGAAUCAGACGUAAUGAAAAGAUUGCCUGCUACGUCACUGUCAGAGGGGAGAAAGCUAUGCAGCUCCUUGAGAGUGGAUUGAAGGUCAAGGAGUAUGAGUUGCUUAGGAGGAACUUCAGUGAAACUGGCUGCUUUGGAUUUGGUAUUCAGGAGCACAUUGAUCUUGGAAUUAAGUAUGACCCUUCAACGGGUAUCUAUGGUAUGGAUUUCUAUGUUGUCCUGGAACGCCCAGGAUACCGUGUUGCUAGACGUCGUAGGUGUAAGUCUCGGGUUGGGAUCCAGCACAGGGUCACAAAGGACGAUGCAAUGAAGUGGUUCCAGGUCAAAUAUGAAGGUGUUAUCCUUAACAAGUCCUCGAACAUUUAGUAAGCUGAGAGCUGACUGCUGGAUCAGUUUAUCUGGUAGCAAGUUUAUGUUUAUGUAUUUUCUAGACCAACAUCUAAUUACUCCUAGAGUUGAAUAGUUUACAAGAGUUGCUGUUAUUUGGCAUAGUAUGCUUGUUCCAUUUUGUUUUAUGGAGAUGAAUUCAAUCUUAAUAUAUCCUUUUUUUGUGUUAA